AUGGCGGCAUCUGAAACGUUCAAGACGGAUGAAAAGACACAGGAACAUGCGCCGGUAUACUUUCCACAGGCACAGCUGGGUCUUCGAAAUGUGUCAUACCACUACAACCCAGAAACGUCUCGAUACCACUAUGGUCCCCAUCAUCCAAUGAAACCUUUCAGGUUGAUGCUUACAGAUCAUUUGGUUAUUCUGUACAAGUUGUACGAGAGAAUGGACCUAUAUGAACCGAGAAAAGCUACUAGAGAAGAGCUUCUACAGUUCCAUUCAGAGGACUAUGUGGACUUCUUGCAAACAAUAACUCCUGAGCUUACAACCAAAUGGGGGGAAGAAAAGCUAGCCAAAUUCAAUAUUGGCGACGACUGCCCUAUAUUUGACGGUAUGUACGACUACCUGGGUUUGUACGCUGGCGCUUCUCUAGAUGCGCUGAGAAAACUAAUUAGCGGCAUGAGUGAUAUAGCUAUAAACUGGUCGGGAGGUCUACAUCACGCCAAGAAGUUUGAGCCUAGCGGCUUCUGCUACAUAAAUGAUAUUGUGCUUGCAAUUCUCAACCUACUACGGGUUCAUCCUAGAGUCAUGUACAUUGAUAUCGAUUUGCAUCAUGGAGACGGUGUCCAAGAAGCCUUCAACACAACCGAUAGGGUCAUGACAGUUUCUUUCCACAAGUUCAACGGAGAAUUUUUUCCUGGUACCGGAUCUAUAGACGAAAGAGGUAUAGGUAAAGGAAAGAAUUAUGCUGUCAAUGUGCCAUUAAAAGACGGUAUAGAUGAUCACUCUUACAUUCACCUAUUCAAGCUGAUCAUGGAACCUCUCAUCACCAAGUUCCAGCCAACUGUUAUCGUUCAACAGUGUGGUGCUGACUCUCUUGGCUACGACCGGUUGGGGUGCUUCAACUUAAACAUACGCGCUCAUGGCCAAUGUGUGAAGUUUAUAAAAUCAUUUGGUAUUCCGAUGCUUGUCGUCGGCGGUGGCGGAUACACGCCUAGAAAUGUUUCAAGGCUUUGGUGCUAUGAAACAUCCGUGUUAAAUGAUGUCACUCUUGACUCAAAGAUUCCACAAAAGAUACCAACGUAUGAUUGGUUUGGCCCGGACUAUUCCCUCCAUCCUCAGCUUGAUGGACGUUUGGAUAACAAAAACUCGAAGAAGUACCUCGAAUGUGUGAAGACUGACAUUCUUGAGCAGCUUCGAUAUCUCAACUACGCUCCUUCAGUGCAGAUGCAAGAAAUUCCCCCUGACAUCACUGGUCUUACGGAAGAAGAGGAAGAGAUAAUAAAAGAACUAAAUGAAGAGAAAGAAGACGAAGAGACUAGAAUGAUGCGAGACAUAAAGGAUGAAGCACGGCUGGGAGAGGUGUUAGCAUGA